AUGAACAACUCUAACAAUCCAAAUACAAGUCAACCUGGGGCCAACCCUCGUCCUGGUGCUGGAAGAGCAGUCAAUAUUCAACCUAGUCAAAUUCCACAGUUAGCUCAAGCGUUCAAGAAUGAAAUUCAAUUGGCUAAGCAAGCUGGAGAUGAUACAGCAAAGGCGCAACAGCAUUAUGCCAAGGCCAAUUCUAUCAAACAGAUUUUGAUGAAUUAUCAAGCUCAACAAAAGGCUUUGAAGGCAAGCCAAGCUGCCAAUCAGGGUAUUCAAUCAAAUCAAGCUCAACAAAACACUACCCAGAAUGCAAAUCAACAGACAAACGUUGCAAGCCAACCUAUUUCUCAGCAAAUGAAUCAAAACUAUCAGGCGCAAAAACCUCAAACUCAACAAACUCAACAACCACAACAACAAACACAUCAACAAUCAAUGCCACAGCAGCACCAGCAGCAAACACAACCAUUACAACAACAGCAACAUCAAAUACAACAACAGUCACAACCAUCACAACUGAUACAACCAACACCACAACCCCAGCAGUCAAUCCCUCAAUCGAUUCCUGCGCGCACUCCUUCUCAUGGAAUGUCUUCUCCAGCCAUGAACAGUGGUAUAAACAACCAUGGACCAGGGCAAUCACAGCAAUCACCCAUGAUGUCUAAUGUAUCCACACCUAGUUUGCCUCAAGGAACAGCAUCAUCUCCAACAACUGCCACGAACUCCACUGUAACAGUAGAAAGAUUCAAUCAAGUGAAGGCUCGUUUGGCUGAAUUCCAGAAGAAGAUUCAGAAAUUAGAGUACACAAAGAAUAGUUACCAAUUUACUCCUGAACAAUUAACUUCUGUUGAAGCUCAACAGGCUGAGCUUAAGUCGAAAUAUCAGCAAUAUGAAACUUAUGCUGUUUAUAUGAAGCAACAAUUAUUGGCGCAAGCUCGUGCACAAACCCAAUCAACUGGUCUGACAGGAAAUCAAGGAGCUAACAUUCCAAAUACACAAUACCAAAGAACUCAACAAAUACCAGUUAACACUGGCAUUAACACAGGUACGCCCCGUGGAACGGGACCACAACAACCUCCACCACCACAACAACCAAGACCACAACAACAAACCCAAGGUAUGACACAUACGCAACCAAUGAAUCAAGGAUCUCAACCACAGAGAAAUAUGUCUACUGGCCCACAAGGGCAACAAGUUUCUCAAGGGAUGAAACCAAUGGGAAGCAUUCCUUCUACUGGUGGUAUGGCUGGUGGAAUUACUGGUGGAAUGCAAAACACCUCUAAUAUCCCUGUCACAGGCUCAAAUAUUCCUCUCUCUGGUUCUCUCCCCGUUUCAGGAUCUAAUAUGACUGGUAAUCUUUCCAAACAAGGUAGAUCAGUUUCGCCUCCUGGCAUGAACUCCGUUGCAACCCCAAAUAAACCUUCUCCAGGAGGAACCAUGCUGGGUCCACCACUGAUUAACUUAUCCGGAAUAACUAAACCAAGUGUCCCACCAAUUCCUAUCUCAAGCACAAUUAACGUGAAACCCCCUACUGCAGUAACAUUGAAACCAAACGCAAAUACUUCUCGUGCUACUUUGAUGGGCGGAGGAGCAAAUGGAAUGGGUCCUAUUUUAGGUACUCCUGCAAUGGUCAAACUUCCAACUUACGAGCUUUCCGUUGGUGCUGGUGAAAGUAUACCUGAUAACGCAGGAAGAGUUUUAACAAAACGUAAGUUGAAUGAAUUGGUUAACACUAUUGGCGCAGAUGAAGGGGACGGUAAAACAAACAUUGAUGGUGAUGUUGAAGAACUUUUGCUUGACUUGGCCGAUGAAUUCAUAACAUCAGUGACCGGGUUUGCAUGUCGUCUUGCUAAGCAUCGUAAGAUGGAGUCAGUUGACGUGAGAGAUGUUCAAUUGCAUUUAGAAAGGAACUGGAAUAUCAGAAUCCCUGGCUAUGCUAUGGAUGAAAUUAAAUCUACAAGAAAAUGGCAACCAUCUUCUAGUUAUACGCAAAAGGUUAGUGGAGUUGACAUCUCAAAGAGUGUCAAUGGAAAUAUAAGUUAA